ACAAGUAAAAUUUUUGGAGCAUCCUCCAGUUUCACGUGUGUUCAUUAACUUAGAAAUUUCUAAUUAGUCUCAAAUACAAUUAUGGGAAAAUAAAAUUCAUUUUUUGUUUUAGAGAAAAAUGGUAGAUCGGUAAUUACUGCAAUAGAACGGAAGAAAGCCUGCGUGGUUUUCACAUGAUAAAUACCAAUCAUUUACUCAUCGGCAUUUCAACUGAACGCAUCGCAUCGUAUCCACUGAACGGAAGAGCAAAACAGAAAUCCGCUCGUCAAUAAUGGACGGACAUGAUUCAGAAGAUCCAAAGCAAAGUACUGCUGACAUGACUGUUUUUGUGCAAAAUCUUCUUCAGCAGAUGCAAUCCAGGUUUCAGACGAUGUCUGAUUCAAUCGUUACAAAGAUUGAUGAAAUGGGGUGCCGCAUAAAUGAGUUGGAGCAGAGCAUUAACGAUCUAAGGGCUGAAAUGGGGGUAGAGGGUUCUCCAUCACCAUUGGCCCCAUCCAAGCUGAAGCCAGGCGAUGGAAAUCAAGAGGAUAGCUCUGCAUAGAUUUAUCAUAAGUGUGUAAUUUUGCUAAGGAGAUAGAAUGAACUCCGUGCCAUUUUUCUUUUCCGUUCUGGUUGAUAAGUGCUAGUAAACUGCCCACUAUGAGUGCCGCAUUUGUUUUUAUAUUCGAUGUUUCCUGGUUUUUUUGUUCCCUUUUGGACCGACAACCAAGAGUAACUAUUCCAAUAUAUUGCCAUUAACUACUGUCAUAUAAACAGCAAUGCGAUAUCAUCCAUUACCUCUCUUAA